GCUUCGCAGACAUGCUGAGGUUUUUGGUCUUAACAACUCUGGCAGCCCUGGUGCUGGCUGAGCUGGAGCCCCAGCCCAGGUACCUGGAGGACAGUUUGGAGAGGGUAGUGGGAGGCGAGGUGGCCCGCCCCAACUCCUGGCCCUGGCAGAUCUCUCUCCAGUACCAAUCUGGUUCUCGAUUCUACCACCAUUGCGGGGGAACUCUGAUUGAGAAAGGCUGGGUCAUGACCGCUGCUCACUGCGUGGACAGACAAAGGACGUGGCGCGUGGUUCUGGGUGAGCACGACCUGAACAGCAACAGCGGCAGGGAGCAGGUCAUGAGCGUCAGCCGCGUUUACGUCCACCCCAGAUGGAAUUCCAACAACGUGGCCGGAGGCUACGACAUCGCCCUGCUGCGUCUGUCUGCCGGGGCCUCCCUCAACUCCUACGUUCAGCUGGGCUCUCUGCCCCCCUCCGGACAGAUUCUGCCCCACAACAACCGCUGCUACAUCACCGGAUGGGGACGCACCUCCACUGGCGGCAACUUGUCCCCGCAAUUGAAGCAGGCCUACCUCCCUCUGGUCGGCCACAAGACCUGCACCAGCUCCAGCUGGUGGGGCAGCGGCAUCAAGACCACCAUGGUGUGCGCUGGUGGUGCUUCAGAGUCCGGAUGCAACGGCGACUCCGGUGGUCCUCUCAACUGCCUGGUGAACGGAAACUACUACGUGCACGGCAUCGCCAGCUUCGUGUCCGGCUUGGGAUGCAACGCUCCCAGGAAGCCCACGGUCUUCACCCGCGUUUCCGCCUACAACGAGUGGAUGGACUCGAUCAUGAUGUAAACAAACACAGGAGUCCAAGAAGCAGAACAUGGACAGUCGUUUGUUCAGUCCAUCAUUGGUCCAC